AUGGGGUUAAACCAGGGAAUCUGGUACUCAAAUCCGGUGACCAAAGAGUAUCGCUGGCUGCUGUAUUCAUAUAGGGGUGGGUUAGGCUCCCUGUCCCUGCGCUACCGCAAGCCUGACGGCGGGGGCGCUGUGCAGGCAUGCAGAGCGUUUGCGUUCCGAAAGCGCGUGUCCCUCGCCGCAUGCCGUCGUUCGCGCGGCCGCCACCGUCCGCGGAGCAGGAGGGGCGGAGCUGGCUCUGUCCGGGCUCCCGAGCGGGGAGGCUGCCCAGGAGGAGGUGCGGCGGGUCCCAGCGGCCGAGGUUCGGGCGGAGCGACUGGAGAGGCUGGCAGGUGGUGCUGGCAGCGUGGGGAGAGUGGCGCCGUGGGCUGGGCGCUCUUGGCCGGAGGAGUUCACUCCAUGCGUGCGGGCCAAGCACGGCCCCUGCGAGCCGUCGACAUGAAGAAAGACGUGCGGAUCCUGCUGGUGGGAGAACCUAGAGUUGGGAAGACAUCACUCAUUAUGUCUCUGGUCAGUGAAGAAUUUCCAGAAGAGGUUCCUCCUCGGGCAGAAGAAAUCACCAUUCCAGCUGACGUCACCCCCGAGAGAGUUCCAACACACAUUGUAGAUUACUCAGAAGCAGAACAGAGUGAUGAACAACUUCAUCAAGAAAUAUCACAGGCUAAUGUCAUCUGCAUAGUUUAUGCUGUUAACAACAAACAUUCUAUUGAUAAGGUAACAAGUCGAUGGAUUCCUCUCAUAAAUGAAAGAACAGACAAAGACAGCAGGCUGCCUUUGAUAUUGGUUGGGAACAAGUCUGAUCUGGUGGAAUACAGUAGCAUGGAGACCAUCCUUCCCAUCAUGAACCAGUAUACAGAAAUAGAAACCUGUGUGGAGUGUUCAGCAAAAAACCUGAAGAACAUAUCAGAGCUCUUUUAUUAUGCACAGAAAGCUGUUCUUCAUCCUACAGGGCCUCUGUACUGCCCAGAGGAGAAGGAGGGACCAUAGUCCUUCCUUGGGUAACAGAGGGGACACUGCCAUCCCUGCCCAGGAAAUAGUACCAAUGUGUGUCCCAGAGCUCAGAUUUAUGCCUCAGCCCAGCUUGCAACCUGCCCCAAAUGAAGUCUGUGGGUUCCCAUGGAUUCAGCAAAGAGGAUUCCAAUUAAGAUCUGGUCUGAGAAGCCUGAGAGGAAGUGGCUGCUGGGAUUUGCAUUGGAGAAGAAACUGUCUUGGUUCUUCUCUGCCUUGCUCCUGUCCAUGGAGACCUGUGACCAAGUUCUUCUUCUUCGAGAAGAUUUUCCUGGCCUCAGUGCCCUGUCGACCUGCCCACCUGCCCAUGCUGCUGGGCUGGCCCCGUCCAAAGGCCAAGGCUGAAGAUAGUCAGGGGGACUGAUGGGCUGUAGCAGUUCAAAAUGUGGAUGCCGAUGCCUACCCAGGACUAGCUCCUCCUCUCCUUUCCAAAGCAUUUCUUUUUUCUACAUUUUGUUACAUCACCAGAUUCCCUCCAAGUUAUGUGAACAGAUGUAAACAGAUGUCAAAGUGAUAUUGAUUUAGUAUGGAUUUGUAAGAAUGAACCCUUCAUACUGCCCAACCUGCAUCCCUAAAAUAUCCACCAGCCUUACAAAAGAGUGGUUAGCACUUUUGAAGCUGCUCUGGAACAGAAAAGGGAAGUAGCUCUUUAUUCUAAUGCCCUGCAUGUCACUUAGCAUGAAGUGCUUUUCUGCCUCUAGUGAGAAAAUCAUAUCAUGUUCCUCCUUCACUCUACUGAGAUGGAGGAUCACAUUGAUUUUCACAUAUUAAAUCUUUCAUUCUCGGAUAAAUGUAUGUGUGUAUGUAUUUUCCCCUUGAUACAAUUAUGUAUAGCAUUUCUGGGACCAGUGAUAAAAAACACAUUUGCUACACUGCACUUGAUUUGCUAAUGUUUAGUGAAGAAUUUUGCACCCAUGUUUAUUAGAGUGGCCUAAAGUUCAUGUGAAAUAAGGAAUGUCCUUUUUCAGUACCCUGGAGAAUUUUGUGUAAGAAUGAAAUUAUUUGCUCCUUAGACGUUUGAUAAAACUUGCUGGUGAAACCA